UCUAACUUAUUUAUUAUUUACGAACAAGAAAUAUACAUAACGUAUAUACAUUUGGAUUAUCUGAAUAUCUCAAGAGAAAUGUCGGAAAGUCGAUCUUUACCCAAGUUUGAAAGCACGGAGAAUUCUGGUGUUGGCGAGGGCGAUGCAGGGAAAACUGAAGGAAAAAGAAUACUAGUUCCUAAGGGUUUCGGAAAACGAUGGCAUCACUUCCGAGUUGUAACACCACGUUCAUUCAUUCUUCGCGGUUCCCGUGCUAUGAGUGAUCAUAAGUUUAAGUACAAAAGCCGAGGACGGCAAGCGGCACCGUGCUCGGUGGUGGCCAUCGUUUACGGUCAUCUGUUUGAACCGAAAGAAUGGACGAGUGAUUAUGUUGAUCAAAUACUCGAGUACGGUGAUAAAUUGUUUCGCACGAGCCUGACGAAAAAUCAACUGAAGCAUGAAGAAUAUAUGAGGCCCAAUCUCGUAUAUAAUGAAUUUUAUAUCGGUUUUUACAAGAUCCUGGUGAAUAUCGAGGAUAGUGGGAUCCAUGGCAAUCUCUUCAGCGAUUCCGUCGGCUGUUCCUUUGCCGAAGGUGUGCAAAAAUUUCUAAAAAGCAAUGAUUCCGGUGUAAUCACUGCUCAGGGUAAUUCUGUCGCCGUGUGGCGUCACUCUACCGAUGACAGUUUUCUUUAUUACGAACCGGCGUCAUGCGAUGAGACUGGUCUGCGUUAUCCUGGUGGUACAGCUUGCCUGAUGAGGUUCAAAAGCAUAGACGAUUUGUACGAUCAUUUAUUGAAGAAUCUAAAUCGGCGUUAUGACUCUCGAUAUUGCAUCGACAAAGUCAUCAUGUUGCGCGCUACAGAGGUCGGUCGUGGAUUCAUCGAUAGUCUGGCCGACGUAGUUGGUCGACCAGUAGUCCGAAAGAGCGUGUUGCGAUCCAUCGAUCUUGUGGAUAUAGAUGAACACAAAGUGGAUUGCACGAAACCUGUGCCUAAGGUGGAACAGUUGCACGCACUCGCAAAAAUGCACAAAGAACCAUUGUCCAUCGCUAUUUCAAAUUAUAGUAUCGAUCGCUACUUUGCCACAGAACCACUGGUGAAUCGAAACAAUUUUGAUACGGGAUAUUCGUACGACAACAUGCACGUAAAUGUGCCGUCCACAUUCAAGGAAUUACCUGACAAAACAGCGAUCCUUCAUGGUCUGACUCAUGAAUAUAGCGAAAUGUACAGGGGCAAGGGUGAACAAAAUGUGACGAACUGCGCGAUGGCUAUCGCUAUGAAGAAGGUGCAACCAGUGAAGACAUGGACGAGAUCAAAAUUAGACGAGAUCCUGGCGCUGGGCGAUUCGUUGUACGCUAAUGUCAAAUCCGAUAAACCGAUGAUAAAAACGAUAACGGCUGCCUAUUUAGAUGGUACAAAAUUCCAAAUAGACGAGCAUAAAUUGAUAAUAGACGUCGAUCUGAUCACCGUAACUGGUACGAUUACUUCGAAAGUACCAUCGAUAUUGAAUCUGAAGCAGGCAUUGGAAGAAUUUUUUUUGGUGAACGACGAAGGCAUAAUCGAAACGACCUCAAUGGCGGUAGCAAUUUGGAGUCAAGAUGGUUAUUACUAUUUGUUCGAUCCUCGUCCUUGUGACGCUACCGGCAUCAGAAUAAGGGAAGAUAGGACUGUCCAAGUUGCGGAAAGAGAUAGGAAAAAGGACAUCGUCGGACAGGAGGAUAAGAACGAGACAGGAAAUUGUUGCAUAAUUCGAUUUUCAGAAGUGGAUUCCUUGGCUGCGCUACUCCUGAAAAAUAUCGAUCCUACGAGAAAAAAUGACCGAUUUACUAUCAGACAUGUCACAAUUGUGGACGAUGUACCUGGCACUCGAGCUUGGAAUGAAUUUCAACCCGGUAUGGCCGGUAAAACGUGGAUAUUGCGAGGUGGAAUAUCCAACGUGGAUGAAUCAUUUGAGGAAGAAAAUCGAGGACUUCAAGGUCUUGCCAUGCCAGUAAUGGCUUUGGUAAGUGCGAGGGAAACUCCAGCGGCAAAGUGGAAUAGCGAGACUAUCGACGAAGUGAUCAAGGAGGGAAACGCUUAUUACAACUGGUGCAAACCUCCUAUGGAAAUGGAGGAAGAAGUCGAAAGACCGUUUCUCGUUCAAAAUUUGAAAAAGAAUUUGUAUUUUAAAAAUCGAAAAGUAACUAUCGAUAUCGAGGAGGCGACAAUUGUCGGCGAUCUAUCGGCACCGGAUGAUUCAAAAUUGCCCAAUUUAGAGGAAGGGUUACGUCAAUUUUUCGAGAACAAAAAUCAUGGAAUAGUCGAAACGAAGAGACUCUCGGUGGCAGUAUGGAAAGAAGAAGAGGCACUCGAGAAUAAGGAUAAAGAAAAGCAGACAUUUUAUUAUUAUUUCGACCCAAAUCCUCGAGAUAAACUGGGUCAACUGUCGGCAAAGAAAGAUGAAGAAAAUCCCGCUUGUGUAGUACGCACUUCGGAUCUGUCAGCAUUAACGAAUCUCAUCAAGAAAAAUGCAGGACAAGAUGUUGAAGGCGAAAAUGAAUUCGUGAUACAUCAGUUAAAAAAUGUUUCUAUCGGCGUACUGAUGACAGACGAGGAAAUCGAGGCGGAUAAACGGAUACCGGUCUUGCCGGAUUUAAAUAACUAUUCCAACUUAGGUGAUACCGGCGCUUUACUUUUGGGUACCAUCGAUCAAAGAAACGAAUUGGCCUUUAAGCGACAAACAAGAGAUAAACAACAGGCAGCAAAUGCUCUGGUGGCUUUAGCGAUGACAAAACUCUACAAUCCUCAUCUUUGGCAUUCCGAGCUUAUAGAUGACAUCUUGAGGAUUGGUGACAAAUUCACUGUGAAGAACUUGAUAAAUUUGCCCGAAGAGCUAGAAGAAGAGGUACCCAGGAAUUAUCUUCUUCCGUCGGAAAUCAUAGAAGAUUUCGUCAUAGGAGUCAAUCGAAUGUCGAUCGAGCUUGAAGAAGAAUCCAUCGUCGGGGGAAUGACCGACAUAACAAGAUUGCUAGAAUCAUUUUUUGAGGGAAAUGCCAUGGGAGUGUUUCGCCAGGGCGAUAUAAUGAUGCCAAUCUGGAAAGAGGGCGGGGUGUUCUUCACAAUGGAUCCUAGGGGCAGGAAUGCUCAAGGUGAACCUGAUACGGAUGGAGUUGCGGCAGUUAUGUGGUUCACCGAUAUCUCUUCGUUGGCUAAUGUUCUCCGGACAGCUGCAAAGGAGACAAUCGAGAAUGUUGUUAUCGACGCCGUCACAAUUGAAAAUACGUACGUGACGCGAGUGGCCGAAGCUCAACGGGUCAAGAAGACUACUUCCGGCGAAGAUCUAUGGCAUCAUUUUCCUAAACUCGCCAAUGGUGUCUGGAAUAUCGAUGGUAGUGUCACCAUGACGGACGAAAGGUUCGACGAAGCGAAUCGCGGCAUGCAAAGUGCGGCUAUUGCCGCGAUGGCUAUUGUCUUUUCCAAGGUCUACUUACCGAGAUUCUGGACACCGUCAAUUCUCGACGAAGUUAUCGUUACCGGUGAUAAGCUGCACUCAAAAUGCGUCGAAAGACUCGGCGGAGAAACGGCGCCUCUGGUGAAUGAGAUCAUCAGCGAAUUUUUCCUGUCCACUCGGCGCAUCGCUCUGACAAUCAAGGAUUGCGUUGAAGCGGGUAGUCUUAUUGGAAGACCGCCCAAGGUUCAAAAUUUACAAAGCGGAAUCAACAAUUUCUUCGACAAGUACGAGGCUGGCGUGUUAACUGUGCGAAAAAAUAAAAAUUUGGCCAUAUGGAAGAAUAUCAAUAACGCGUACUAUGCUCUGAUACCCGAUUGGCCCAUUACCACGAAUCAAGUCACGUUAACGGUCCCACGAGUACUUAGGUUCAGGGAUACAAAUCUCCUUGUAGAACAUCUUCUGCGUUACUUAGGAACCGAAGGUGAUUACGAGAUUACCGCGAUUGAUGUGUCGGACUGGAGUAAACCACCACUCGAAGAACUCGAUCCUAGUCCGGGGAUUCGACCGGCGAAUCUACCUCCGUUGAACGCCUACAAAAAAUUACGAGGCGAGGCGCGUGCCAUUUUGCAUGGGAGUUAUCAUCAGGGCGACGAAAUCUUUCCCGAGACAUUGCGCGGCCGACAGACAGCAGCGAAUUGUGUGGUUGCGCUUGGCAUGUCGAUUGUGAAAAGUCCCGUCACUUGGACGAAAAAGACUAUGGAUGAGAUCUUGGCGAUCGGCAGUAAUAUUCACCGAGAGACAAGAAAGAUCAGACCUACCCAGUCGAGACUGAAACCGAAGGACAUCAUCAGAGUAUUCUACGUGGGUGUCAACAUUCUGACCGCUGACAUCGAAUCUAAUACUGUGAUCGGCCUGGUGACAAUUGCUCCUCUUGUCUCGGAAGAUAAAAAGAGGCAAGAAGAGACAUUGAAUGAAAACAUUAAUAGAGACAAGAAUAUCACGCAAGGACGACGAUUACCUUCUCCGAUUUCACUUGAGGAAGGUUUGCGGACAUUCUUCCAAAACAACCGUGCCGGCAUUUUAAUAACCGAUCGCAAUAUGAUUGCCAUUUGGAAGGAUCUAGGCGUCUACUUUAUGUACGAUCCUAGAGCGAAAAACAAUCAGGGUUUACCAGAUCAUCGUGGAACCUCGUGCGUAAUGUGGUUCGCCUGUAUAGAACCUCUGUACGAUACGAUCUUGGCAAAUAUCGAUCCGCACGAUAGAAAUGGUGCUUUCGAGAUCUGUCGGGUGAUCAUAAGCACCGUCAUAAUCGAGCCAUUGCCAUUGCCGGCUAAUUUCCAAUCGUAUUCGAACGAUCGUCCGUCGACGUCGUCCAUCUCGUCGAUCACUUGUCCGAAGAAGAGGACAACGGCGGCCGGGUUGCCGAACGUGAAGCCGCUGACCGAGUAUAAAGUCGUAGACGAAGAGUCGAGCAUUCUGCGUGGUGGCCUGCACAUGAGUCAUCGCGCUUUCAGCCCGCGGACCAGGGGUCUGCAGAGCACGGCGAUCGCCGCGGUCGCCGUUGUAGCGGGACUACUACACGUGCCGUCCACGUGGACUCCCGAACUGAUCGAUGCCGUGCUCAGGUACGGUGACUCACUGUACUCGGAUAGCGCCCGAGCGGCUCGUACCGGCGCCAGAAACCUCUCACCCAGCGAAUUGCUCACCGUAUUCGUCCUGGGCGACCUCAGAGUUACCAUUCACGUUCACAAUCAUACUACCGCGGGAAUACUUCACGUCUUCGACUUGUCCGAGGCGCUCGCCAUGUUCUUCCGCACGAAUUGCGCCGGAAUAUUGCACACGGCCGAUCUGGCGAUAGCCGUGAUGCAACAUUGCGGUAAAUUUUACAUGUUCGAUCCGUGCUCGAGAAACGAUCGAGGCAGGUCCGCCUACGACGGUGCCGCGUGCCUCUUUAGAUGUGAUAAUAUCGUAAAAAUGAUCAAGAUAUUCCUGGCUAAUUGCAACCUCGGACAAUCGAACGUGUACACUCUAAAUGCGAUUAACGUAUCGAGCCUGCAUUUUUUCUCGAUCGCGAAGGACUCUGGCACAUUUAAAUAUCGAUAGCGAUUUCACGUUUCUCCUCAUAUUCACCAUUUGGUGUGACCACCGUACUACGGUAAGAAUUCGACACACACACACACACACACAUACACAUAUAUAUAAAAUUGUUAACAAAAUAAAUAAAGACUAAAGAAAAAGUGUUUUACGAUCUUGAAACGCAAAACGCAAAACGCAAAACG